AUGACCUGUCAGCAGAUUUUCGAGUUUGGAGGCGAUGGAGUUUUUAAUCGUGAACCAACUCCUGAAAGGAUGUCUACUGUUCGCAUUAUCAAGCAUGGUUCUGAUGUUUUCCAGUACGCGAGUGUCAAUUUGUGUACAGCUUUGAGGACAG